AUGGCCAGCGUUCUUGCCCGUCUUUCUCUUCUCUUGCUGGCUGUUGACCUAACCGCUGGUCUGAAUCGGUGCUACUACCCAAACACAAAUGAGGCGACGGGCGACUUCCCCUGCGACCCCGAUGCGGCGGUCAGCAUGUGCUGCGGGGAGGGGUCCAUGUGCCUUUCCAACAAGUCGUGCAAAGGGCCCAAGCAGAACAUGAUCCGGGGGUCAUGUACGGAUCAGACCUGGGAAUCGCUUGACUGCCCUCUCUAUUGCUACCUGGGUGAGUCAGUCGGUUCUUCGGACGUCAAUUUCCCAUCCAUGCUUCCCAUCCAUGCUAACCUAGCUCGCAACGGAAAAGUCGCCAACAUCGGCCCGGACCUGAUCUCCUGCAGUAAUGUCACCAAGAACCCCACGGAUUUCUGCUGUGACAACGACGCUGGGUGUUGCGAUUCGGGCAUCGGGCGGUUCAGCCUGCUGCCCUCGGAUCCCCAGCCAUGGGCGACCUGGGACGGCACCAAGUCCCAGUACGUAGUGGUCAAGCCCCUUUCCCCGGCAACAGCGGCCACCACAGGCACAUCCACAUCGAUAUCGACGUCCACAUCCGUGCCCGCGACCACAACCACGACCGCAAGCCUCGCCGCAUCGACCUCCUCGAGCGCGCUCGGCGCAGCCAUAGCCCCAACCUUGGCCGCGUCACCCCAAGCCGGGGGAUCGCCGAGCCUGUCCACCGCCGCGAAGGCCGGGAUUGGAGUCGGCGCGGCCGUCGGCGCGGCCAUGCUCGGCGUGAUUGCGUUCUUGCUCUGGAAGCUGAACCAGAGCAAAAAGGAGAAGGUCGCGGCCUCCGCCUCGGACGAUGGGUGA